AUGCGUCGAGGGCUCCGCUGGGUGUCGCAGGCAGCGGCUGUGGCGGUGCCGGUGGCCAUCGGCAUUCCGCUGGCCGUCGAUGGCGCCAUGACCAUCUACACGGGCUACGCCAGCGCCGAGUGGCCGGCCGCCAAGGCCACCGUCACCCGCUUCCUGGCCGUGCCCGUCGCUGAGGCCGAGACCGAGGCCGAGGCUGACGAGGCCCAGCAACAGCAGCAGCAGGUGGCGCCGCGGGCGCGGUGGCACGACGUGCGGCGACGGAUCGACCGACUGCUCAACAGCCAACACACGCUCGACUUCACCGUCGAGUUUGAAUACACCCUGCCCGACGGAAAGACGUACGUGGGGACGUCGAAGCGGGACGCCAACUUUCCGAGCCGGCUCGACCUGGAGUGUCCGUCGUGCAUGAUGCAGGCCGAGACCAUCAUCGACUUCUUCGGCCACCCGGGCAAGCAGUUCCUCCUCUUCUACCACCCCGCGCGACCCACCGCCUUCACCAAACCACCUGCGGCCGCCCGCGCGCCGCCCUUCCUGCGCUCCCUCCUCGCCCGCCGGGAAAAGGGCAGCGACCAGCCCGAGGGCCGGUAUCCGCUGUACAGCCUGGACGCGGGGAUGAUCGCGCCCACGGCCUACGAGCGACUGGCCUGGGGCAGCGCUCUGGUCGGCGUGGGCGGACUCGGCCUGCACCCGCGCUACAGGACCCAAUCAUGGACGCAGCGUCUGACAACACAGCGGGGCCUGUUUCCGGUGUUCUGCUUGGCCGUGGCCAGCGGCGUCUCAGCGUUCGGGCUGAGUCUCUUUCUUGAGUCGCGCCUCGCCGCCUCUGCUGCCGCCAACAACAAACGAUCUGGCGGUGGACCAUGA